AUGAAAGAAGAAAGAGAAUUUUCCAGACAAACUGCACCGUGGACGGUUGUCAUCGAGAUUCACAUGGCUGACUCAUCAUACUUUGAGGAUGCAGGGACGGGGAAUUGGGGGGGAAUUGGACAUUGCAUUGGGAAAAAGAAGCAAGAGAAGGCAGAGAAGCACAGUUCACCGAUGCCACAUUUGUUUUCUCGAUUCGCAUUCCGAGAAUGA